AUUCUCACAAAUAACCUUAUAUAUUUCUCCCCUUUUAUUUUUUAUCAUCACACACUAACUACGCUUUUCUUUAUUUCUCUAUCGACAAUCUCUGCGUCACUUUUCUCUUGUGCCUCUCAAACCUCUUUCUCUCUAAAAUUGCAGCGACUGUAGUCUAUAAUCAUGCACGUUUGUAGUUUUUUAUCCUAUCAUUAAACACUAUGUAUUAUACAUAUAGUUGUAUGUAUGAAAGUAAAUUAAUAUUAAUGUAGCUAGGUAGGUGCUGAAAAAAGUUGUGUGGUACAGAAAUGGAUCGUAUAUAUGCAGUUAGAGAGAGAAAAGAGACUGCCGUAAGAAGAAAGGCAAGAAGACUAACAGUACUGUCACAAACUCUAUAUAUGUGUGGAGGGGCCAGCAGAUUAAUUUAAAAUUAAAUAAAUUAACAAACUCAAAUAAACCAAAAAGAUGCAAACAAAGCAUGUAGAAUUCAAAGGAAAAGCUAUCAUUUGAUACAAGGAUAAAAAGGGUUCCCCUCUCUCCACUCUCCUUCACCAUUCACCAAAAUCUCCACUACUUUAAUCUUUCAAAGCCUCUGGAAAUUAAAAAAGAAGAAGACGAAGAAGAAGAAGAAGAAGAUCCACCUUUACUCAUAAACAAAGCAGAUGCAGCAAGAAAACAGUGGCGAUGUAUACAUGGGCAUGGGCGGCGGCGACGGCGGAUCAGCUCUAACUUUCCCCGACGUUUCACAAAUCCUGCCGUGGGCGCUCCCGCCGGUCCACGCCUUCAACCCGGUCCAUUUCUCGACCCGCGACCACGACCCGUUUCUCCUCUCCGCCGCUGCGGCGCAGCCGCCCUACGGCGGCAUGUUCAACAGGAGGCCGUCGGCGGGCUACGAGUCGGAACAGCAGCUACGGCUGCUCUCGCAGUCGCUAGGGCAGGUGGUGCACCACCACGGCUCCGGCGCUCCCUUCGGGCUCCACGCGGAGUUGCAGAAGCUCUCCGCCCAAGAAAUCAUGGACGCCAAGGCGCUGGCCGCGUCCAAGAGCCACAGCGAAGCGGAGAGGCGGCGUAGAGAGAGAAUCAACAAUCACCUUGCUAAGCUAAGAAGCUUGCUCCCCAACACAACCAAAACGGACAAAGCUUCGUUGCUAGCCGAGGUAAUUCAGCACGUGAAGGAGCUGAAGCGCCAGACUUGUGUGAUUGCGGAGACGAAUCCGGUUCCCACAGAGAUGGACGAACUAACGGUGGAUAAUGCAAACGAUGAAGAGGGGAAAUGGGUGAUCAAAGCUUCGAUUUGCUGCGAGGAUCGCCCGGAUCUGUUGCCGGAGCUGAUCAAGACGCUCAAGGCCUUGAAGCUGAGGACGCUGAGGGCGGAGAUCACCACUCUCGGAGGGAGAGUGAGGAAUGUGCUCUUCAUCACCGGAGACGACGAAGAGGAAGAAGAGGAAGAAGAAGCAGCCAAUCACGACUGCAUAACAUCCAUUCACGAAGCGCUUAAAGCUGUGAUGGAGAGGACCAACGCCGAUGACGCGGCGGGGAGUGUCAAGAGGCAAAGGACCAAUCUCAAUAUUCUUGAUCACUACAGGUCGUUUUGAAGAGUUUGAUUCGAUAUUAUUAAUUACAGCUUGGUGCAUGCAUGCCUAGCUAGCUAGGUUUUUGUUGGGUUUGUUUUGUGUGGUUUUUUGUUUUAGGUAAUAAGUCUAAGUGUACAAAGUGGGGGAAAGAAAUCACUACCUAUUAUAGAAACCUCGGAUUUGGGAGAGGUUUCUUGCUUCAUUAUAUAUGGUGUGUGAUGUUUGAGGCUUCCACCUCUAUAUUAAUAUUGUGGUUGUUUAUUGUGAUGGAGUAGUGUAUAUAUGGUUUGAUUAUGUGAGGAUCACCAAAUUAAUGUAUCAAAAAGUGCAAGAUUUUUAGUUGCACUCGAUCGUUGUGGAAAAGACCACUAAUUUGAAUGAUACUUUCAUCUCAAUUAUUCAA